AUGAUGGAGACUAUCCGCCGAGCCUCAGAGCGCCUUCUCGCGAAACGAAAAGAGAAGGCCGCGAACAAUAAAAAGGAAAACGAGGAAAACAAGAUUGCCAAGGAGGAGACCGCAGAGGAAGAAAACACCGCACAGGGAGAAAAGAAGAAGACGGCAAAGGAGAAAAAGAAAAGCACAAAAAAAACCGAGAAAAAGGCCAAAAAGACCAAAAAGACCAAAUCUGUUGCGCCUGCCCCGUCCGGAGAGGUCUCUUCUCAACCUGCGGCUUCAGGUAAGCUUAAGAAGAAGGCCGCCCGGCCGGAGCCAAAACCUCGGCCUCAGACUGAGCAGAUAAUGAGACCGCUUGGGGAAUACCCAUCGGUUGCGGAAUACAAGGCUGCUGGCGUGAGACCGCUCUCCGCUCAACAAAUUGAGGAGCGCGUCGCGGCCGCUACCGCCCACAUCCCGCGCCCCGUUCAAUAUGGGCGCCUGAGCGGUGUUGAGAACUCCGUCGCCGUCGAGCUCUAUGAUGAGGAACUUGCCAAAGAAGCGGCAGUUACCCCGAUCUCUAAAGAUGUCGUAUCCCCCGCUGACGCGACCAAUCGCAACACCCCCAUCCCGGACGACGAGGGCCUCCGAGUCACCCCUGUUGAGCCGGUUCCCUUUGCAAGUGCAGAGGAUAACGAGUAUGUCGCCGUGCUGAAGUCAAUCCCACUUCCACCGUCCGACAAAUAUGAUCUCCUCAAACUCCGAGCGGCCAUCGAGGUCGCCAUCGUCCACGCCCUCGAGAGUGGCAAUGAGCGAUCAGCUCAGAGUGUGUUGUACCUUUGGUCCAAUGCAGUAAAUGAUGAAUUCAAGAUGUCUCUAAUUGCCAGCAUCUCCGAUGGCAGUGCUGACAAUCUACUGCGACUUGCUCUCAUGGCACUGCUCAAGAACGAUUACAAUGAUGCCCGUCAGUGGUACCUGAACUACGUCCCGCCUGAUUCAGAUGAUCCUGUCUCUGGAAAGGAGACCGGCCAGCCUACUGCUAAUACUAUCAACGCGGAGGACACCUUCAAGGUCUCUGACAUCUAUCGUGAUACAAGCGGUCCUCGACUUCGGGAGGCAUUUAUGAGCGGAAAGUCGAACGCGGCCGUCCGUUCUGAGGAGAACGCGUACAGACGCAAACGCAAGUGGGAGUCAGAUCCCAAUCACGACGCAAAAAUGCUACAGAAGCGUGCCCGUUUGCUACAGCUGUCGAAGAUUGACAUCAUUCCCACCAGCGCAGUUCGUGAUGAGAUCGGUCCGCCAGAUGCUAUUCACCACCUUUACACAAUUAACAACGCUGACCCAAUUACCACUGACCCAAUUACCACUGACCCAAUUACCACUGACCCAAUUACCACUGACCCAAUUACCGCUGACCCAAUUGAUCGGUUGCGUUCCCUCCCUGUUUUUACUGUGUCCAUUCUUGACCUUCCCCUCGUCAGGGCUUCAGAACCUCCGGAGUCAGUUGUUUCUGACCGGCACCAGAACGAGCUGGCUGAGAGCUCACGCUCGCUCUCUAUUGACACGACCCUCUCGGAUGUGUCGUCGACGUCCAACUCUGUUUACUCUGUCCGUUUCAACAAUUGGUCUGGACCACACCCACCUCGGCAGAUGCCAAAUUCCAUCGAGCCGCCAGACAACAGUGACGAGUGCAGCAAGUGUGGCGACGGAGGGGAUCUUCUGUGCUGUGAUACAUGUCCCAAUUCGUACCAUUACGAAUGCUUGGAUCCUCCCUUGGAUCCCAAGAAUCCCCCGAAAGGUGAUUGGCACUGCCCUAAGUGCUCUGUCCGCAACAGUUUCUCGACGCUGAUCGCGCGAGCUGGCUACUACAAGAAAACGGAGUACCGGGUUCCUGAACCUAUUAAGGAGCAUUUUGAAGGAGUGGGUGAGAUGACCAUCUCCGAUGAAGAUGGUUACGCUCGCAAUCCGACAAAUUUCAGUUUCUAUAAAUUGAAGCCCCACAUCGAGCGACUAACUAAGGUCCCGGGGCCAGCCAAGGAAGGGGGCCACACUCUCGUGUCAUAUGACCAUCCUCACCAUCUCCGAGAAUUCGAUGACAACGGCCAACUAAUCCGUUGCGCAAAGUGUGCCGGCACGACAUACGGUGGCCGGCACAUUGUUCAAUGUGAUUACUGUGCCUGCCGAUGGCACCUUGACUGCAUUUCUCCGCCCCGGGCGGCUCCACCGAAUCCCUGGAAAGGGUGGAUGUGCCCAAACCAUGUCACCUCUGAAGACAUGGUUGCAACCAAAACCUUUGACGGGGAGACGCGGCCGCGUCGCGUUCGGCGGCCGCGAAAGAUGGCUGUCAUGGACAGUGACUUGAUUGUUACUGAUGACCCUGAUGAGAGUCGGUUCGAUGACGACUGGAGGGGGAAGAGGGCACGCGUGUCUGCAGGGGACGUCGUCCUCAACUUCAUCACCGCGGUCAAGCAAGACCACGGCAAACGUCAUCUCAAGGAAAAGGAAAUCGAGCGGAAGUGCUUGGAUUUGGCCAAGCAGAUGAUCGAUGAGUUCCUUUCAAAUCAACGGAGUCAAGCUGGAAGCUCGGGCGCUGCCCAUAUUGCGUCAGGUCUCCCUGAGGCCUACAAAGAAGAAAUCUCUAACGCUGUCCGGACCCUGAUCGCUAGGGGCCGAGAGAUCGACGCCGCGGACGCCCUUCUUUGCAUGGCCGGUGGCCAGGCCUCUUCCGUCGGCAAAGGCCACAUCGCCGACGCUGCUGAAGUCAAUGACCCCUCUGCUCCCGUUUCGGAUACCUCCUCUACCCCUAUUUUGUUUGCUUCUGAGGAAGACCCGGAGACCGAGAUCGCCCCUCGCAUCCCUGCGUCGAGUCGCAAGCGCUCACGUUCAGACGACCAGGCUUCGGAGGAGCCCGCGCAAAAGCGCCAAUUCACCAAGAAGUGA